CCCACCCCACCCCCUUGUCCUCCAAUGGAUUCCCUUCUCUCCUCUUCCAUGGCCAAACGCCCUUGCUCCUCCCCCAAACCUACGUCAUCUGAUUCUUCUUCCGAUCACUUCAACAUGGACGCUAUCUUAAAAUCCUUCUUAGCUCUCUCCGAUUCUCCCUCAAUCAACGCCUCAUUCGACCGCCUCAUCGAAUGUACGUCCUCCGAUUCCGAUCAAAAUCAGUUGAUUCAACGAGCUUUGCAUCUCGGAUCUCUUUUACUUGAAGCUGGUAAUCGAUCUGCUCGGAAAUGCUCCUCGUCUCAUAACGCCGUUAUUUGGCCACUCUCACCCGACCUCACCAUCAAGGUUUUUUCAAUGCUGGAUACACAAAGUGUGUGUUAUGCUGCGGCUACAUGUUCAUUUUUUCAGAAGUGUGCUAUGGAUCCUCUGUGUUUUGCUAACAUUGACUUGGCUACAAUAGUCCCCAAAGUGAAUAACGCUGUGGUGUCUACCAUGAUUCAUCGAGCUGGAGGUGCACUUAGGUCUAUCAAGCUUGGUGUAUUGCCACCUAUUCCUGCACCUCCGUUCUUUUCAUCUCAGCCAUUAGUUUAUAGCAUUAGGAACUCUAAUGAUGCAUCAGGAUUCUCAUGGAAUGACAAGCGAUCAAGGCAAGGAAAAGAAUCUUCCAUUCUUACAAGAUCCUGCUUGAGUUCUUUGAGUGUUAAUGGUGGUGCACCUGGGGCUCAUUUAAGGAGAUUGCACCUAUUCAACAUUGAAAGAAUGGACAAUACUGCCCUCUGGGCAUCAUUAUCAGCUUGUCCAUCUCUCCUUGAUCUUGAAAUUGUCGGCCUGCAUGUUGAGUUGAGGCAUACUCUGGAGUCGAUAAGCAAGAAUUGUCCCUUGUUAGAACGUUUGGUCUUUGAAUCUUCAAAAACAGGUAGAGAUGAUGGUUUAAAAUUCCCAACCUGCAAUGAAUUUGUGCUCAACUGUCCUAACAUAACAACUUUAGCACUAAAAGGAUUCAAACUCCAUGACUAUAAGGCCCGUAUGCUGGUGAAGGGGCUACAGAAAUUGAAACAUAUUGACCUUUCAACAUCGUACUCAUUCACGGGUUCCUUCUUAAAGAACCUCAGUGCGAAUGGUGGUGGAGAUAAUUUGGAGGUGAUGAUUUUAAGGGACUGCAUGCAUCUCAAGGAAAUUGAAGUGGAACGCUUUAUGGCAGCUGUUCUUGCAGGCGAAUUCAGACACCUCAAACACCUUGACAUAUCUAACAGGGAAGGUCUAGCAUGCGAGGGUGACUGGUACAACAGAUGUUACAGUGCCAGUUUUAUUCCUAUAAAGGAAGUAUUGGAACAGAGGCCUGAUUUCUGUCUGGUAGCAGAAUUUCCAGUAGGAAGUUAUAUUGAGGUUGAAGAAAUGACAACGGGAAGUGAUGUGAGUUUACCAUCGCCAUCAGCAUCACAGUCGGAUACAUCGGGAUCUGAUGGAUCGGUUUUUAUGAGCACAUUGGAUCAUGGUAAUGGCAGUGGUAGUGGUAAUGAAGACAGUGUUGAAACCAGUUUUGUAAGUUAUGAGGAGGAAAAUUCAGAUUAGUUUUAGCUUGGUUUUUCCGACACAUAGAAUAACGUAGAUUCCAUAGAUUCAAAUUUAAUUAAUAUCGUCUAAUGGAAUUCUUAUUUUGGAAAAUAAACUUGUAAUUUAGUUGGCUA